GUGAGCGAAACUGAAGGACAGAACCACAAUCUGGCCAGCGAGCUGUCCAAGCUACAGUCCGAGAAUGCCAAGCUAAAGGUGCUGGUCAGCCAGAAGGAGAAGGAGAUCCUACACCUCCAGGUCCCGGACAAGGACAUGAUGCACCAGAUCAGGAUCCUUGAGGAUGAGAUGACCAUGCUGCGGACACAGUCCAGGAGACUCACUGAAGAAAAG